AUGCACAACGGCAAUAUCAGUGAUGAAAAGGUUAAGGAAUUAAAUGAAUUUGCUAGGAAUGACGCUCAGAUGAAAUUCAAAUCAGUUUUUUGGAAGCUUACAAAUCCGGAGAGAACACAAUAUAUUCUUGAAACUCGUGGACACGGAAGUGUUAGAUCUAUGAUGAGCAUAUUAACUGCUAUAAAAGAUGAACAUAGAGAAGAAAAAGAAAGAAAAGAAGCUAUUGUGGUUUUUCAAGAGUUGCUUGAAGAUAAUACAGUUUUUGCAUUUAGGACACUUAGUCAUAGCUAUUUUAGGUACAGUAGGCUAUUUGAGGAUCUAUUUGCUGCACUUGGCGCAUACAAAACUAAGUAUAAGCAACAUUUAGAGGCAGAGACCUCGGACAGGGAGCUAAGUAUUUUGAAGAAUCUUUUUUCAUAUGAAGCUUCAACUUCUCCUUUACAAAUGAACAUUCCAGCACAAGGGGUAGCAAGUAGUGGGAGUGAUACUAUUAGUGAUGAAAAGAUUGAGAAAUUAAAUGAACUAGCUUCUCGGAGAAGUAUCAGAAAUCUUAGAGAGGCAUUGAGUGCUCUUACAGAGCCGGAGAGACACGCUUAUAUUCAUAUAAUAACUGGUGAAGGCACAACAAUUCGUCGUGCGUCUAAUUUAUUAAAGGCUAUGAAAGAAGAAGCUACUUUAAUUUUUCAACAGUGGCUUAGCAGAGAUGAUAAAAAGUUUGCAUUUGCUGUACUUACUGAUAUCCAUGACUACUCUGGCCUAUAUAAAGUUCUAUUUGCUGAACUUGGCGCAUAUGAAAACGAGUAUAUGCAAUAUUUACAGCAACAGAAUACGACUGUAGCUAGUAAUAUUUUGAAGAAUUGUCAAUUAUAUACAGCUUCAACUUCUGCUUUGCCGGAAAGCACAACAAACGCUACUCCACAAGUGGACACUACAGCACGAAAAAGAGCAAGGCAUGAAGAAGAAAUUCCAGUUGCACACCAUCCAGCAGCACUAGGUAAUGAAAAUAGACCUUCUGCAAAACGUGAAACUUAG